AUGGCUACUGAGUACAAUCAAGCCGCCUUGCCCGGGGACCUACUCCAUCUACUAGCGCAACAGCUUUCCGAGGAGAGAGACUUUCCAACUCUAUACAACUGCGUUGUGAGCAGCAAGCAGCUUGCGAGUGCUGGCGCCGUCAACGCCCUUUACAGAAUCAGCCACCAUGCCCCAGUCCAGUCGGGCGGUAGCGAAGCCGUGUCGCAAGCUGAACAAGAACUCAACGUCCAGAGGUGGUCCAUUCUAUGGCGUACCAUCAUCCUCUCCGCCUUGGGCAAGACCCUUUACCCCUAUUGCCGCCACCUGCGGAUGUUGGACCUUCGCGACCUCAAUGCGCUUUUAGAAGACGAGAAGUUUCGAGGCAAGAUCUCGAAGGUCUUCUUCGCUAGCGAACUAGCACGCUUCCACUUCACGCGCAAUACACCAGCAAAGUCUCGAGCCGCUGUUGGACUUGACCGGAUAAAAAUCAUCAACGCACUCGGAGAGCAAAUUAUCCAGCAAGCGCCUCUUCUAGAAGUGCUUUCGGAGCCUACACUGUUGCCCAUGCUGUCGACGGCUCUUCUCACCUGGACACCGAGGCUGGGCCAGCUACGCAGGCUUGAACUUUUCUCGCAGAAGGCGCUCGCGGACGAGACUAUCCGCAACCUCUUGCAUUCGCACUGCCCUCAUCUGGAAGCGAUCACGAUCUUCGGUACUAAUGAGCCCGAAACCGAUCACGCCUUAGCAAGCUUCAUUGGAGGCAUGCCGGCAGACAAACUUAGCCAUUUAGAGAUCCUCGGCGACAUAGGAGUUGGCACAGAGACCUGUCUGGCUCUGAACAGCCAUGGAAAAAGCCUGACCACGCUCAAGCUACGCCUUGGAGACGAAGGCAUCCUUGCGCUUGCACUUCUGCAAAGUUGCACCGCGGUCGAGAGUCUUUCAGUGGGAAGCGACAAAGGCUACGCUGUCGACCUAAGGGGUACACAGAACGAUGUGUACCUGGAAAUAGUGACAUGGUUAAAGGGCUGUACCGGCCUCAAGUCCCUAGAGGUCUUCAACAUGACCUCGGCGCCACAGCUGUGUACGCCUAUCCUUCUCAGCCAUAGUGCGAAGCUCGAAGAGAUCUCAAUCAAUGCGAACGACGACUACACCUACGUCGUCAAGGACCACCGCGAGUUCCACGAAGCGCUUUUAGAGCAGCCGUCUCUUCGUCGGCUGCAGCUGAAGGCUGAUCCUGAGCCACCAACACGCAAAGACAUCGAGCUCUUGGUUACGACUUUCAGUUCUCUCAAAGGGCUACGCCAGCUCACCAUGAUACGUCUCUCAGACUACUUCACGGACGACCAUAUCAGCUACGUGGUCGGGAGUCUACCAGAGCUCGAGAGUCUCUACAUUGGCGGCUUCGGUGCCACUGACGCUGCACUCGACAGCCUGGCCAACCUCAAGAAUCUGACAACCCUCACCAUCAGCAGUCUCACCAGGUUUUCGUCGGAAGGCGUAUCAAGGUUUAUCGAACAGCUCGGACCGGGCAACAAGGGUCUGGGCCUGUCCAUUGAGAGCGCAGAUCCGGACUACGCAAUCACUGAGGAGGAGCAGGAGGUGCUGAGGGAGCUGAUCCAGGUCAAGGUUGGCGGACGGUUUGAUUACCAACUCUUCAGAGGUAAUGAUCUCGACUCCUGGCAUGCGGCGUUGACAGCUGACACUUUGCGGCAGAUCCAAAUGUACCAGAUUUCGAUACUGAUGACUCCGACUGAUUUCAAUCUGCGGGAGGGCCUGAACUGGCCUCGAAGCGACAUUUGA